AUGAAAAUCGAUGCGACCGAAUCGGUUUUCUGGUCGGAUUCAACUGUGACGCUAAACUGGAUUGCGUCUCCACCCAACACCUGGAAAACAUUCGUGGCGAAUCGUGUUGCUGAGAUCCAGAAUUAUUCGCAUCCCCGACAAUGGAAGCACAUUCCCGGUACAUCGAAUCCUGCAGACCUGGUGUCCCGAGGGAUGUCCGCAGCUGAGAUGCUGAAAAGUUCGAUGUGGCGUUGUGGUCCCGAUUGGUUGGCUUUACCUGCCUCUAACUGGCCUAUUUCGAAUCCAUCACUGGCUACUGAAACGGAUAUGGAAACUCGUCAGGCGGUUCACCUGGAGCUGGUUGGCGAUCUCACCACUGCAGGAUUCUUGGCCGCUUUGCAUCGGUUUACAUCCCGGCGCGGAUUACCAUCUGAUAUACACUCGGAUAAUGGGAAAAACUUUGAGGGUGCAGCACACGAACUUAAUGAACUGUUUGAAUUGUUUCAGAACGAACAGCUACAAAACGUCAUCGCAUCCAAAUGUUCCGACUUGGGUAUCACUUGGCACUUUACCCCACCUAAGGCCCCACAUUUCGGUGGAUUGUGGGAAGCCGCGGUAAAGACGGCCAAACGACAUCUCUAUCGGCACCUAGGCAGUUCGAGGCUGUCGUAUGAAGGGUACUGCACCAUUCUGCAGCAGAUAGAAGCGGCAAUGAACUCGCGUCCUUUGUUGCCGCUGACGGAUGACCCGAAUGAUCUGGCGGCGCUUACUCCUGCGCACUUCCUUAUUGGCACGUCGAUGCAUGCGGUGCCUGUUCCCGACUACACCCGCUUGAAGGCCUACACGUUAGACGAAUUGCAGAGCUGGCAAUUGCUUGUUCAACGCUUCUGGAAGCAUUGGGCAACAGAAUAUCUGCAGGAGAUGCAGAAGGAUAACAAGGUGGUGAAUCGUAGUGAGAUAGUACCUGGCAGACUGGUCAUCCUAGUGGACGAUUCGCUUCCCAUCACCCGAUGGCCCCUCGCACGCAUUGUCGAAAUACAUCCCGGAGAGGAUCAGCUUACGCGUGUAGUGAAGCUGAAAACGGCGAAAGGUAUAAUUACGCGUCCAGUAACUAAAAUUUGUCUGUUACCUGUUGCGAAGCCGUCUGCUUAG